AUGUACAUCAAGACCUUGAAGCACAUGCGGGAACAGCUUGCACGCAAGGCGAAGCUUAAGGAAAUCUACGCACCCUUCGCCAACCUUCAAAAGGGAUCCGAGGAGUACAAGAGACUUGCGAACUCGGGCAGGCCCAGCGACAGCCGCCGGCUGGGAAACGUAGACCUGCAGCAGAAGUUUAACGGUUUACUGGCGAGGAUCGAUGACUUGAGAGGCAGGCUGCCGGUCCUGGAGCUCGCGAGGAAGCUGGUCCCGCGCUAUGCGCAGCAGUCCGUCAUGAUCGAGCACAACCCGUUACAAGUCGUCGAUGCGGUCCGCAUCUUUGAACAGUUGAAGUUCAAGCAGCGGUUCGGGCCUGUGGGGAUGCUCUCGAUGCCAUCAACUAAACUCCCCGAGCUCGCGGAGCCGGACGAGUGUUCCGCGACGGUCGAGCUGCGGAACCACAUCAUCGCCUCGCAAUGGAUCGCGGACAACGCGACCGCGAAGCUUCACACGCCGGGCAUCACCGAGAGCGAGAUGCGGGACCUCGCGGCGCUGUCGAUCAAGGGCACCGCCUCCGAGGCCACGGCAUAUGGGAUGGCAUGGGGCGGGCCGGUGCCGCUUGGGGGAUACCGGACGCUGCCGGUCGCGGUGCGGAGCAGCCCGCUCACCGUGUUCCCGUACCCGCAGGAGGUGCCGGCGUGCGCCCGGCGGUUCUUUGCGUGGCGGGACGCACAGCAUGCGGCAAGACUGCUUCACCCGCUUAUAUUGGCGUGCCAGAUGACGGCGUACUUUGUGGAUGUCCACCCGCUCCCCGACGGGAAUGGGCGUGUCAGUCGCAUGGUCAUGCAGGAUUACAUGGCGCGGCAGGGCUACCUGCCCGCGAUCCUCCGGCCCGAGGGCGAGCUGGAGAGGGAGGAGUAUAUCCGGAUGAUACGCGGCGCCUGCGAGGGGAGGCCGCGGGAGUUUGUGGCGGCGGUGCUUGAGGCUCAACUUGCGCUCAUCGAGGGUCAUCUGAAGAGGAAGAGCGGUGACGGCGACGCUUGA